AUGUUACUCCAACUGGUAGUUGUAUUAUUUACAACCCAACUGUUUCACGUAAGAGGACACGCUUAUAAACUCAUUAAGAACAAAAAUUCGAAUGACAAUCUAAAUUCAACCCAAGCAAAAAAUAUUCACCACCAUUCAAGUAAUGGCUCUUAUUCUCUAGAGUCUUACAUCGAAGGAUUUGCCAAAAAUAUCUUCAAAAAUGAUAGUACAUCUCCACUCGCUCCACUAACUAAUUUUACUUCGUUUGCUGCUGAUAGUUUUCAGAACAUGACGAAAAUGUCUGAAAAUUUGGUUCAUGGUUUAGAAAAAGAGGUUAAAAAAAAUUUUGACGAUGCCGCUAAAAAAGUUAAGGGUAAUAUUUUUCGUGGUGCCAUUGGCGCCAUUUUUGGUUAA